CGUAACAAUCGAUUUUAUGCUUACAGAGCAACAAGAAAUUUUGGCUGAAGAUAUUGUCGAAAGUCUCAUGAGUAUGGAAAAUUUGGAUAGGUCUUCUCCAGAAUUAUGGCCUGAAAAAAUUCCAGGUAUAAGAGAUUUUCUCAAUAAUUUUCAAAGUACACCACAAAGUGCUUCUAAAUUACCUUAUUCCAGAGAACUGACUUUGGAAGAUCAAAAUUAUCUUCACCAAUUAGCAUCACUGUCUACUGCUGGUUUGAUAUCAAAGGUAAAAGAACUCCAUGAUAUAACCUACAGGUUAGGAGUGGAAGAAUCCAAAGAAGUUACAAGAGGGAAAUAUUUAAAUUUAUUUAACAAAACCAAAAGAAGUAAAUAAAUUAAGAUUUUAACAAAUCUGUGAUUUUAAAGUCUGAAGGUUUUCAUGUACAAAAUGUAUAAAACGAAUUUUUAUAAAAUUACUUAAGUACUUAAUAAGGCUUGGUAUUAAAAAGAUAUAUUUAAAUUAUUGUAAUAUUACAAUUGUAUUUGUUUAAAAUUAAAUUGAAUAAUUGUGUUAAUAA